AUGGUUAAUUCGCCCGAAGAAAGAGAGGGGGACUAUAAUGAUGUCCCAGAAGGGGAGAUCGAGUCCAACUGGGAAGAAGUUGUUGAUAACUUUGAUAAUAUGAAUCUGAAACCUGAAUUGCUUCGUGGUAUUUAUGCAUACGGUUUUGAAAAACCAUCAGCCAUCCAACAACGAGCUAUACUUCCCGUUAUUAAAGGUCAUGAUGUGAUUGCUCAAGCCCAAUCAGGAACCGGAAAAACGGCCACGUUUUCAAUUUCAAUCCUUCAGAAACUUGACAUGUCCAGCAAUCAAUGCCAAGCUCUUGUUCUUGCACCAACUCGCGAAUUGGCGCAACAAAUUCAAAAAGUUGUUAUCGCGUUGGGUGAUUUCAUGAACGUUGAAUGUUUUGCCUCGAUUGGUGGUACUAAUGUUCGAGACGGAAUCAAGAGGCUCGAAGCCGGUGCUCACGUAGUCGUCGGCACGCCCGGUCGUGUAUACGAUAUGAUAAAUCGUCGUGCACUUAAAACAGAUCAUAUUAAAAUGUUUGUCUUGGAUGAGGCAGAUGAAAUGCUUUCUCGAGGUUUCAAGGAACAAAUUUACGACGUUUUCCAACUCUUGCCUCCGAGUACUCAAGUUGUCCUGUUGUCCGCCACGAUGCCAGCCGAUGUAUUGGAAGUGACAACUAAAUUUAUGCGUGAUCCUGUUAGAAUUUUGGUAAAACGCGACGAAUUAACGUUGGAAGGCAUUAAACAAUUCUAUAUUGCCGUCGAAAAAGAAGAUUGGAAAUUAGAUACUCUUUGCGAUUUGUACGAGACGGUUACAAUCACACAAGCUGUCAUUUUCUGUAAUACACGAAGAAAAGUGGAUUGGCUUACAGACAAAUUGCACGCUCGCGAAUUCACAGUUUCGGCUAUGCACGGAGAUAUGGAUCAAUCUCAACGUGACGUUAUUAUGAAGGAAUUCCGUUCAGGAUCUUCUCGAGUAUUGAUCACAACUGAUCUUUUAGCACGCGGCAUUGACGUACAACAAGUUUCCUUGGUUAUUAAUUAUGAUCUUCCAACAAACCGUGAAAAUUAUAUUCAUCGAAUUGGUCGAGGUGGUCGCUUUGGAAGAAAGGGUGUUGCCAUCAACUUCGUUACCAGUGAGGAUGUUCGCAUGCUUCGUGAUAUUGUGUCCCUUCCCCUUGGUGGCACUGCCAAUAGACCCCCUGAUAAGUGCAACGAUGAUGAUGUAGCCGCUUUCAAAAUGACCAGAACCGACCCUCAAGGAGAAUACACAUUGCUCGAAAAACUUGGUACUGGCUCAUUUGGGACGGUUUACAAGGCCAUUAAGAAUGACACGAAAGAAAUCGUGGCGAUAAAACAAAUUGAUCUCGAAGAUUCCGAUGAUGAUAUCAGUGAGAUUCAGCAAGAGAUUGCAUUGUUAUCGCAAUGCGAUUCUCCUUAUAUCACACGUUAUUACGGUUCAUUUAUCACCGGGUAUAAAUUAUGGAUUGUUAUGGAAUAUCUUGCAGGCGGAUCGUGUUUAGAUCUGCUGAAACCUGGUCCUUAUAAUGAACAUCAAAUUGCGAUUGUCUGUCGUGAACUCUUGAAAGGCUUAGAAUAUUUGCAUAGAGAGGGAAAGAUUCAUCGGGAUAUUAAAGCUGCGAAUGUAUUAUUGUCGGAAGAUGGAAAUGUUAAAUUGGCUGAUUUUGGUGUCGCGGCGCAAUUAUCCAUUAACAAAAGCAAAAGGAAGACGUUUGUCGGUACUCCGUUUUGGAUGGCACCGGAAGUAAUUCAACAAGCUGGCUACGAUCAUAAGGCUGACAUAUGGUCUCUUGGCAUUACCGCCAUAGAAAUGGCGAAAGGGGAACCACCAUUGGCCGAGUAUCAUCCAAUGCGAGUUCUCUUCCUUAUUCCUAAAGCAAAGCCUCCCGUAUUAGAAGGAAACUUCUCCAGCGCAUUCAAAGAGUUUGUUAGUCUUUGUUUAAUAAAGAAUCCCAAUGACCGACCACCCGCAAAAGAAUUAUUGCGGCAUCGAUUUAUAAGGAAUGCACGAAUGACAACGCAGUUACAAGAACUUAUUGACAGAUAUUCCUUUUGGCAAAAUAAUGGUCCUCAUAGGGCGGCAGAAAAAUUCUUGAAAACAUUAACUAUCCAAAAAGAAUCCGUAAACCUUCGUUGGAACUUUGAAACUGUUAAAGCACCUAAAACUGUAAGAAUUAAUGAUGAAAAUGCUUUGACAAGAGGAACUGUAAAAAUUAUCGAUGAAAGCGCUUUGACAAGAGGAACUGCAAAAAUUAAUGAUGAAAACGCUUUGACAAGCGAAUUUGAAAAUGGGUUCGCGGAUACCAUUAAGCCUAUUAAACCAUCAAAUAUUAAAAUUAUCGAGAAUGAGUCAUCGGAUGAAACUGAAAUUGAUCAAGCGACAAUAAAGGCAUCCGCUUUCAAGAAUGUCGAGAAUACGACAGAAAUACCGGAAUUUCAUCAAACACCAAUCGAGCAAUCAUCAUCACCCAGUUCCACAGUGGACUUAUUGAAUGACACUGACGGGAUUGUGCGUGGUCAUAGAAGAUAUAGUGCUGCUAGUGUUUCAACCGACACCUCAUCAACGUCACUCUCGAUCUACCCACGAGACGUGCCGAUUGCUGUGCCUGUUUCCGAAGAAGGCGUUUUUGGUAGAAAACUUGUAAAUGAGGUGAUUUUACCAUCAAUAUCAAACAUCAAGUCUAGUGAACUCCGAACCUCGGAGAUUGAAGCGUUAAGCAUGAUUGGAAAAGGGAUUGAGGAUUUGGAUCACAUAAACCCUGAUCUCAUAGUCGUAACUUUGGUGGAAAUUUUAUCGAGAUUAAAAAGUAAUACACCUUUGACAGAAAAAUUAACGGAGCUUGAAAUAAUUUCCGCUGAAAGUUUUGCAACUUCAACUCAAAUUGAAGAACCAACCACCACUCCGGAAACAGAACCCGUAAAAUCACCAAGAUUAACAUUUUCAGAUUUUUUGUAUCCGAGAUGGAUCGGACAAUUGAAAUCUAAAUGGCCAAUACUUUAA